CUAUUUAAAAAAUCAUGAAUAAAAGAAAUCUCAAAUUUUAGAUUCAAAGCCAUCAUGGAUCCCCGCCUCAGUGCCCAGGAUUUGAUCAGAUGUGACUUAUGCGAGACAGCUGUAGUACAGAUGUACUGUGAUUUCUGUCAUGUCAAGCUUUGUAAACCCUGUAUUGGAGAACACAUUGCUGAGGAGUAUAACAAGCAUCAAAUUGUCCCAUUUCAGCAAAGAAAAUCAACCUUGAUUUAUCCAAAGUGUACAACACAUCCGACCAAAACCUGUGAAUUACAAUGCAAAGAAUGUGACAUCCCUAUUUGUGCUUUGUGCUCAGUAUCUGAAAGUCAUAAGAGACACUCAAUGUCAAACCUUUUCGAAAUUUAUAACACAAAGAGACAAACCAUUGAAAAAGACUUACAGGAUAUAGAAAGCAUAAUUUCCCCAACAUAUGAAGAAAUUGCCACUGGUACAGAAAUCCAGAUAGAAAACUUAGAAAGAGAAUAUGAGAAACUUACAACAGCAGUGAAAAACCAUGGAGAAGAAUGCCACAAAGAAAUUGACAACAUUGUCAACAAACUGACAACAGAAAUUAAAGAGAUGAAAAUCAAACACAAGGCCAUUCUAAAGAAACAUCUGGAAGAAAUCAAACAGAUACAGUCAGUUAUUGAACAAACACUGCUCAGUCUGAAAAAAGUGGAAGAAUCAAAUGAAAUACUAGUAUCUAUGGCUAUAGAAUAUAAGUCUAAAAACCAAGAAUUCUGCAAUCUUCCUCCAAAAGUUCUAGUAUCACUGCCAAUAUUUAGCCCAAAGACAAUAGAUACUGAACAGCAUUACAAGUUGUUUGGAUCUUUGAUACCAUUAUCCACCACAACAGAAGAAAAUGGAUACAAACUGAAGAAACCAGAGACACCAGCUAGAGAACUGCUGGAAGAACCAGAACUUAUCACCACUAUAAAUACUAAUUAUAAAGAACUCCGUAGUGUUGCCUGUCUCAGUGAAGAAGAAAUCUGGACAAGUGGAGUAGACAGUGAUAUGAAAUGUUUAAACAUCCAAGGUUCACUUAUCAAGACAAUCGGAACAAAAACAGGAGAGUGGCCUUAUGAUAUAGCAGUGACAAUUGAUGGGGCUUUAGUUUACUCUGAUUGGGAAAGAAAGACCAUAAAUAAAGUGAAGAAUGGACAGACAGUGGAGAUGAUCAGACUACAGGGCUGGCGACCUUUACAACUCUGUGUUACCUCCUCUGGUGAUCUCCUGAUUACCAUGUACAGAGAUGAUUAUUUCUUGGUUUCUAUAUUUCCUAGACCACGGUCCAAAGUUGUCCGUUACUCAGGCUUCACAGAGAAACAAACAAUCCAGUUUGAUGAGGAGGGUAAACCUCUGUAUUCAGGAAAUAAUACAACUAAGUGCAUCAGUGAGAACAGAAACCUAGAUAUCUGUGUGGCUGACCGGGAAGCUGGUGCUGUAGUAGUGGUCAAUCAGGCUGGAAGACUCCGAUUUAGAUACACUGGUCAUCCUUCUGCUACAAAAAACAAACCAUUUAAACCCCGCAACAUCACAACAGACAGCCAGAGUCAGAUCCUGACAGCAGACCGUGAUAACCACUGUAUCCACAUCCUAGAUCAGGAUGGUCAGUUCCUCCGUUAUAUAGAUAACUGUGGUCUGAGGGAGCCAUUUGGUUUAUGUGUGGACAAAAAAGACAAUUUGUUUGUGGCUGAGUGGAGUGGAAAGCUUAAGAAAAUUAAAUAUCUUAGAUAGACAUGUAUUUAGGUAUAUAAUGUGGACACCCUUUUUUAAAAAAGCCUAAAAGGUACUCA